GAGCGAUGGCUUCAUUUGCCAUACCUAGCUCUGCCUGAGCUUGGUAUAAUUCCUUGACUUGACGCAAGGAAUGGAAUAUGCUCUGGAAGUAAGCGGGAUCAUUGAGAAUGUCUUCAAGAUCUUCGCGUCUGCAAAAGAUGAGUUAGCUAGAAAUGCAGGUUCCUGUACACACAAUACACACGUAAGGUGGGCUAGCUCGGGAAAUUCAUUCAUCAAAGGUGUCGCAGCCAUAAAUGACGGCGGAUGGUAGAUCAAGUUGUCAUCUAAAGCAAGUUGAGGACCAGUGCCGGUGAGGGUUAAUGUUCAGUCGUAUUCAGGAGGCAGUGUGCCUUUUUUUCCUUUUCCAGUUCCAUGAUGUCCAUCGUCCUUCCUGGUGAGCAAGUGCCAGCCCAGCACGUUAACCUCAAGCUUGGUCCCGGCCUUCUUCAAUUAUCGAGCGAGACACAGCAACAAGCGAAGUCAGCUCCUGUUAUUGCCACUCGUUCGGGCAUCCUCAACCACUCAGCUAACAAGAGCAAAUGGUGGGUAGAGGGCAAUUCAAGAAGAUAUGUUCCGGCGCCACAGGAAAGUGUGAUUGGCGUGGUCACUGGACGGAGUGGCGAGGGCUGGCGCGUCGACAUUGGAUCUGCGCAUCCUGCUUCACUGGAUGGCUUGGCAUUUGAAGGGGCAACCAAAAGAAACAAGCCGAGUCUAAAGGUUGGUUCACUCCUUUAUGCUCGCGUUUCAUUGGCACAUAAAGAUAUGGAGCCUGAACUCGAGUGUUUCGAUGCCCAAACUCACAAGGCUGAUGGGUUUGGUGAGCUAAAGGAUGGUUUCGUGCUUCAGUGCAGUUUACAAAUGAGCCGACUAUUACUUGACCCUAAACAUUUUCUCCUGCCAUUGCUAGGAUCGCGUUUCCCUCUGGAAGCGGCAGUGGGAAUGAACGGAAAAGUAUGGGUUAGCACGAAGGAGACAAAACAUACGAUUGCAAUUAUGCGGUGUAUUGAGGCGGUCGAUCCAGACGGCGGCGGGAUGGACGAAACUAAUGUGAAGAAGUUCCUUAGCAAAUUGGAUAUAUAAUGGCUGUACAUUUCCUCAGAUUUGAGAGAUACCUGUUGCACACACAGGUAGCAAAAGUAAA